AUGAAGUUCAAACUUGGAGUGGCUGAGAUGAACUAUGACGACUUCAUGGCACUGUAUAUGCCGGGCCCUGACCUUCCGCCGAACUCUGAGCUCCAGAUUCCCGCAAUAGACAGGACGACGCUCUUCAGCUCUACGGAAGGUCCUAUCUGCCGUGCACUGUGCACGGUCGCGCAAGCCAUCUUCGACGGUUGUCCACACGGGGACCCGAAGCUCGUUGCGAAGGAUACGCGUGGCCAUCCCGGGCCGGACGUCAGCGAUCGACUUGACUUUGCCUCACAGGAGAAGGUCGGCGUCUGCUUCUAUCCCGACCACGACGACGCGAAGUCGGAGCACACGCUUCCGGCGCAAGGUACUAGAAGGCAGGCGGGGUUCCGGGGGCGGACUUGCUGGGCAUGGGUUUCAUUACCGGUGGAAGUCAAGACAGACCACCGCGAAUGUGCGUCCCAGUUUGAAGAGAAGCUGCAGAUUCCUGAGGGCAAGUCCGAGGAUGCUCUUCAGGGUCACCUACAAGACGAUAACACGCAGGCCAGCCAGCACGAAGAGCAUGACCACUCAGAGUCCAAGACGCUCGUGCGCUCGGAUUUCGCGACGGACUGGGGGAUGGAGCAGCAGGCAGCGUGCGUUGCAAAACUUCUUGGGCGGCAGCAUCGUGUGCACUGCUUCACGAUGUACGUCUUCAAGGGGCAGGCUCGCGUCGUCCGUUGGGACAGGGCGGGCGCCAUCGUGUCCACUCCUAUCGACUUCGAGAAGGACCCGUCGUUGCUCCACCGGGUGAUCUGGCGAUACGCGUGCAUGACCGAGGCGCAGCGCGGCUUUGACCCGACGGUGAGACGAGCUACCGAGGAGGAGGUCAAGAAGAUGCGUGACUGUCACACGCGGAAUGAUUGGGCGGACAAGUCCCGCAAGGCAGCUCUUGAUCAAGAUGGUUGGCCGGCCUACACGAUCACGAUGCCGGUCGGCGAUCGCGUCGACCAGACAGACUUGGAACGCCUUGCCCCUAUGGUCCCUUGCGAAGACGACUCCGUCAACAAGGAAGCAUAUGCGAACAGGCCUGUUGAGUUUGUCGUCGGGAAGCGCUACUUCGCCAGUAACUCUCCUACCGGGCGUGGCACCAAAUGCUACAUCGCAUACGAGGUCGCUCGCGAUCGCUUGGUCUUCCUCAAGGACUACUGGCGUGCCGACACGGACAGUUCGCUACAAGAGGGACAGGUGCUGGAAGACCUUAGAAAGGCUGGUGUUCAGUUCGUGCCGACGCCCUUGUUUAGGGGGCACGUGCGGAGCGGCAACGACGAGCAGAAGACGUGCACCCAGGCCUUCUUGCUGAUGAACCCUCGGUCGUAUAUGAAGCCUGCGGCCCUGAAGCACUACCGCCUAGUUGUCAAGGAGAUCGGGCGUCCUCUGGAGGAGCACGAGGAUGCAUUUUAUCUAGUAGGAACUCUGUUUCAAGCCCUGGAAGCUCAUAAGCAAGCAUGGGUUAAAAAGAAGAUUAUGCAUCGCGACAUGAGCGCGCGGAACAUCCUUCUGUUCACCUACAUCGAUGCUGAGGGAAAGGUAUUUGUUUUUGGAAUGUUGAUCGACUGGGACCUGUGCAAGCAUGAGAAAUACCUCGGCACAGCGAUGAAUACCGGCCGUUCGGGUACGUGGCCAUUCAUGUCUGCCAGGCUCCUGCGCAAUCCUGGGAAGAAACACGAACUAGCAGAUGAUCUGGAAGCGGUCGUACAUAUCCUUCGGUGGAUGACCCUUCGCUUUUACAAGCACAGCAUGUCAGACCGACCCGAGGAGCUGAGGGCGCAUGUCCUUGGCGUAUACGAGACACAGGGUAUCGUAAACGGAGAAGCAGUUGGCGGCACCCAGAAGUAUGACCUCAUGGUCGAAGGUUACAUAGGAGUCAACCUCGAGCAUCGAGACAACCCCUUGGCGAAGCUUCUGAGCGACCUUGCUAAGAUCUGCAAAGAACACUAUCUGGUGGUCGGCCGCGAGGCUGAACCUGCGCAGGUGACCGCAGUGAAGCCAUCCGUCAGUGACUCAAACACGAGCACGAACAUCAAAAUCGCACAGCAAAGCUGGUUCGCAAGCGUCAUGUCUCCGCCGCUACCCCGUAUUGUCGGAGAGGCUCCUAAUAUCGCUGUUGCUCCACCAAGAUCGCCCUCCCAGUCGCCGCCCCCUCCUCCCGGGCCGCCGCCGCCUUCUCCGCUCAGUACCCAUGAUGCGAUCUUAGGUGCUUUCUGCACGGCCUUCAUGUCCUCGGUUGGCCUGUACGAACCUCUGGAAAAGUUGCCCGACCAAUUCGCAGCCUUCAAACAUUCGACUAUUGCUCAGUACAGCAUCGAGCGCUCAAGCCAACAGUCGUCCGGCUCGAAACGGACGCUGGAAGCCGAACCGGAGGAACUUGCGAAGCCCGGUCCUUCGAAACGAGCGAGGGCCGCGAACACAGGAGGACUCGAGUCACUGCCGGAGGAACCUGCGGCGGAGCCGGUGCUGCACGACGGAGAGGACUGA